AUGCGUGGAAUCUACACCAGCCUUGCCCUGUUAGGGCUUGCAGUUGCCGCCCAGGCUGGCCUUGUUGAGCAUGACAGCUCUUUCACGCCUGAUCAUAUCCUGCGAGUGACCGCAGGGAUUUGGAGUGAGGCAUGCGAUGAGCGCCAUUCAGUCUUGGUCAAUGGGUCCGCUCCCGGCCCGGACUUGCGCCUGCGCGAGGGCGAGGUCAAUUGGAUCCGGGUGUAUAAUGACAUGACCGAUGCGAAUACCACAAUGCACUGGCACGGUCUGACUGCGUAUACUGCGCCCUUCUCUGACGGAGCCCCGGCUGCAAGCCAAUGGCCCAUUCCGCCUGGGCAUUUCUUCGACUACGAGGUGUUGCCGGAGAUUGGAUCUGCAGGGACUUAUUUCUACCAUUCCCAUGUCGGCUUUCAAGCGGUCACGGCCAGGGGAGGGUUGAUUGUGGAUUCAGCGGACCCGCCGCCAUUUGAAUACGACGAGGAACGCAUCCUGCUGAUAUCGGACUAUUUCGACCAGACAGACGAGGAAAUCGAAGCCGGCCUUGUCUCUACGAAUUUUACCUGGAGUGGGGAGACAAAGGCAAUCGAGGUCAAUGGACACAGUCGGCAGGCGACGAAUUCCACCGGUUCAUGCAGGCUGGCUGCCAUCUCCGUAGAGCCGGGAAAGACAUACCGGCUGCGAUUUGUCGGAGGCGCCGCACUGUCGUUUGUAUCGCUUGCCAUUGAGAGCCACGAUGUGCGCAUCAUCGAAGCAGAUGGUCACUAUACGAAGCCUCUUGAGACGAGCUUCCUCCAGAUUGCCAGCGGCCAGCGAUACAGCGUGCUCCUGACGGCGAAGAGCGAGGAGGAGCUGAAGAAAGCCAACAAGCGCCAAUUCUACAUCCAGAUCACGUCGUUGGAGAGACCUGAGGUCUUGACUAACUUCGCGGUGCUGUCUUAUACCGACUCACCAGACCUGAUCACCGUCCCUUCGCCUCCUCCACUCCCCGUGGCCAAAGCCGUCGAGGGCUGGCUCGACUACCAACUGCAGCCUCUGCAUCCAAGCAACGAUUUCCCAGCUCUGCACGAAGUGACCAGGAGAAUUGUGGUCGACGUCCACCAGAACAUCAGCGACCGCACGAUCUGGCUGCAGAACGGGUACGACUGGGUUGAAUCCUAUCCCCAGACUCCGUACUUGGUUGACAUUUACAACAACAAGCUCAACCUCGAUGCAACGUAUCACCGCGCCCUCGCCAGAGGCAACGGGUUCGAUAACCUCACUCGCACCUUCCCAGCUAAAGUUGGCGAGGUGCUUGAGAUUGUAUGGCAGAACCGCGGCGCUGUUGAUAACGGCGGUGUUGACGCGCACCCAUUCCAUGCGCAUGGCAGACAUGUCUACGAUAUUGGCGGCGGCGAUGGACUCUAUAAUGCUACUGCGAAUGAAGAGCGACUCAAGGGCACGCAUCCCAUCCUGCGCGAUACCUCUGUGCUCUACCGGCACCGCAAGACCUCGGGUCAGUUGGUUCCCUCUGGAUGGCGGGCGUGGCGGAUUCGUGUGACGAACCCUGGAGUCUGGAUGUACCACUGCCAUAUCUUGCAGCAUAUGGUCAUGGGCAUGCAGACGGUGUUUACCUUUGGUAACAAUGAUGACAUUAUCGCGCAUUCGGGGCCGGUUGAUGCUGGAUACUUGACUUACGGUGGUUCGGCGUAUGGGAAUGCCACGAGGGCGCCUCUUGCGCAGCAUUUCAAUGAUUAG